UUCCGGUGCUCUGUCGCACUUCCGCCCUCCCAGCCACCGAGAUGCUGAGGGGCUUCUUGGCCACUUCGGGCCCAUCCGCCGCCUUCUUAGGCCGGGCUUCUCCGCUCCUGGCGGUGCCUUCUCGGGGCCGCAAGUCCCGCUCGGACCCUCCGGCCAAGUCCAAGGCCGGAAGGGUCAAAACGCCGCCCCUGGUCGACGCAGCCGAGAUGCUGGUGGUCAACGAGCGCUACCGCCAAUACAGACGGACCGUCAGCGCCAUCCGAGCUGAGUUCAAAGAAGACUUCCUGCGGAAACAGUAUGAGGAGAAAUUUGGGCACGUAUGGAAGCAAAGAGAGGAAGCUGCGGCGGAGGAACAUCGGCGGCUGAUGGCAUGGAAUGACGCAGAAAACAAGCGCCUCCAGGAACGGAGGGAGGAGCGUCUUCGAAAGGAAGAAACUGCUGAGAGAGAACGCCGGCUGAGAGGAGCAGAGUACCAGGCAACCCUUAUGGAGGAAUUCAUUAAGGAGAAGGAGAAAGAGGUGCUCCAGUUACAGGAAGAUGCCAAGAGCUUCAUCACUCCUGAGAACCUGGAUCAGCGGAUCGAGGAGUGCCUGAACAAUCCACGCAACUACAAUUAUGCCAUCGAUAAAGAAGGAAGGGUAGCCAAACGAAGCAUUUUGCCUUAGGAACUCUAAGGGAGGGACUUAUAUUUCUGAAAUAACCUCUCCUAGCACGGUUGGUCAUCCUUUCAACCCAAGCACAGGACUCCUGUUCCCUUUUGAGUAAACAAGGAAUAUCAUCAAAAAGCCUGCCUUGAGAUAAUGAAGUGGUGUAUAUUUUGGGGCCUUGCCUGUCCAGAACUUUGCAACUCCUUAAAGAGGGAUUGCUGCUUCUUUCCAAAAAUAAAUAAAUGGAUUUUGUUUAGGCU